CUAUUUUACGGUUUUUUUUUUUACUGCUCAUCUGAUAUUAUAAAUAGAAAUAGAAUAUUAAAUAUUUCUAUAGUACAAAAAAAGUAAAUUAUACAUGAUAUAAAACAAUAAUUAAAGUGAAAUAUAUAAAUUUAUUUCAAAAUAAAAUAUAGUCAACAAUCCGGCUUGUAAAAUGGCAAUGUCUUUAUCAACAUACUGGGUUAAAUUUUUUACAAAUGCUGGAUUUCCUCAUGAUGUAGCAACAAAACAUGCUGUUGUAUUUUCAAAUAAUCGUAUAAAACCAGAUAUGCUACCGGAUUUGGAUAAGCCAAGUUUAAAAGAAAUGGGAAUAACACUUAUGGGUGAUAUGAUUGCAAUACUACGUUAUGCUAAAAAAGUAUCUGAAGAAAUGACAUGUGAAAGAUUUUUGGUUGAUACUAUUGAUGAUACACCAAUGCCAAAGAUACAAAAAAUAAUAAAAGCUCCAAUUAAAAAAAGUGUUGCAUCAAAAGUAUCAAAUGUUACACCAAUACCACCAUCACAACCACUAUCAUCAUCAUCAUCCUCGUCAUCAUCAUCAUUAUCGUCAAAAUUUAUAAAUGCUUCAUCAAUAAUAAAUAAUGUUGCUCCAAGUAAAGGCAAAGAAGCCAUGAGAAUACUUGCCAAUGAAGAUUUAUCAUUGGCACAAAAAAAAAAAACAAAUGUUCUUUUACAACCCAAAAGAGUUGUAUCACAAGUAGUAGCACAAUCAGUUAAACGAAAAAUUGUUGAUAAAGUACAAGAAAUAAGUAGUGAUAGUGAUGAUGAAGAAUGGUCAAAUAAUAAUAUACAAAAAAAACGUAUUAAAUUAACAUCAGAUGAUGAUGAUAUAAUUGUACUUAAAAAUCGUGAACAAUUAUCAAGAUUUACAAUUAAAAAUAAUCAUGAUACAAAUAAUGAUAUUAAAAAAAAAUCAUAUGAUCAAAAAAAAACUGUAUUUGAAAGAUUAGGUGAUAGUUCAGUAACAAGUACAACAAAUAUAAAUGAUUCAAAUACAACAUUUAAUAUAACUGGUCUUGGUGAUGUAUUUAAACGUAAUAAUUCAAGUGUAUUUAAUCGUCUUGGUGAUAAAGAUGCUAAAAAUGAAUCAUCAUCAAAUACAAGUGUUUUAAAAAAUGGUACAACCACAAGUAAUGGACAACCACAAGGUAUAUUAAAAGCUAAAAUAUCAAAUCUUGGUACAACAACUGUUAAAAUAACAUCACCAAUUAAUUUAAAUAAAAUUAAAACUGGUACAAUGCAUGCUGAUUAUGAAAAAAAUAAAAAGACAAUAUCAUCAAGUGUUAAACAACUUGUUAAAACAACCAAAGCCAUUAGAAUAACAACAUCAAGACCACCAAUAACUGUUCAUGAAAAUACACAAAUUCAUAGUAAAUUAGCAUCAGAAAGAACAAGAGGUCCAUCAGUAACAGCAAAGUCUAGAUUAGGAUUGACUGGAUCACAAAAACAGGUCACAUUCAAUAGAGUAGCAACAGUUGCACACAUAAAAAAACCAGGUGUUUUCAGCAGACUUGGAGUGUAGAAUUUCUUUCUUCAAUAUUCAAUCGAAAUAAUGCAAAAUAAUAUUUAAAAAACACUCGACUUUUUUGUUUACUAAAUUAUCUCUUUUCCUUAUUUUCAUUUGUAAAUAAUUAGAGAUGUUUUGAAUUUACAAAAAUGUUAUUGUAAUUGCACUCUUCAAUUUUUUUUAAAAAAAAAGCUUCAUUUCUUUUUUUAGCUACUGAGUAAUUUAUCAUGUGUACAUACUUAAAAAUACUAACAAUUUUUAUUUUCAAUUCUUGAAAUAUUUUAAAGAUCUUAUUUAAAUAAUAAAUAAAUAAAACAA